AUGGCAUCUGGAGCGAAGCGCAUGUCUGACGACGAUGCAACGCUCGCCAACACUAGCAAGAUCCAGCGCAUUGAGCACGGCAUUCCGCAGACAACGAGCCUGCACCUGCGCCUAGCCAACAGCAGCAGCAGCAACAGCAACAGCCAAAGUAACAGCCAAAGUAACAGCCAAAGUCAAAGCCAAAGCAACAGCAACAACAACAACAGCAACAACAACAACAACAACAACAACAACAACAACAACAACAACAACAACAACAACAACAACAACAGCAACAGCAAUAGCAACAGCAACAGCAACAACAAUAGCAACAGCAACAGCAACAGCAACAGCAACAGCAACAGCAACAGCAACAGCAACAGCAACAGCAACAGCAACAACAACGGCGACUUCUCAGGCUCGGUCAAGCGGAGGCUCGCCGACUCGAAGCGGACGGGGCAGGCGUGCGACCGAUGUAAGGUUCGCAAGAUCCGCUGCGAUGGCCGUCCUGAAGGCUGCACGCCCUGCGAGCAGAACCGCACGCAAUGCCGCACCACCGACCGCAUCACCGGCAAAGCCACCGUGCGCGGCCAUGCAGAAGCCAUGGAGAGCGAGAACGCGUACCUGCGCGCCCACCUCGCUGACCUGCAGGCACAGCUGAAGGAACUGGGUGUUGAGCCGCGUUCACCGCCCACCUACCCCAACAUGCCAUGGCCGUCGUCUGCUUCACCUGGCGACGCUUCAGACUGGGCGCACACCCAACGACGGCCGAGCGCAUCUCCCAAGCCUGGCUAUGCCCCUGCUGGCGACAGGACCGACUCUCGCUUGCUGCCGCAGUUCAAGUACGGCUCCAUUGGCGAUAACUACCUUGGCGUGGCCUCCGGGGACUCGUUGCUCAGUCACAUAAGGGGGACCUCGCUCUCCGUUUUUGGCACUGAAAUCGACAUCACAGACUUUGUGGAGGAGGGCAACGAGUACCUGAACUCACCCUUCUCAUACCAAACGCUAUUGUGUAUUUGUGUUGGUAGGCAGCACGUCGAGCCUGCGAUACUGCCACCGUAUGAGGCUCUCAAGGAAUGGGCGACAUGGUACCUGCGCUCGCUGAACCCCUACACCAUGCUUGUCCACAAACCUGCCUUUAUGGAUCUAAUAUGGAGAUUCGGCAAAGACCCCAACUUCACACCCACACCGCCCGAGAUGGUCAUGGUCCACAUGAUGCUGGCAACCAUAAAGUACCAGAUAGCAGCACGCAAUAGCCAGCAAAGCUCGCUCAUGGACGAGUCACACGCGCACUACCUGUAUGCUUGCAGCUUCUACAAGGACCUCCUCCUUGGACAACACGAGCUUGCAGAAGUCCAAGCCCUGGCCAUGAUCUGUCACCACCUUCGCAACUUCCCCAAGCCCGGCGCUGCGUGGAUCAUGACGUCUCUUACCUACCUACUGGCGCUGGAGCGCGGUCUGCAUCGAUCGGUGAAGAACUGGUCAGACGUAGCAUCGAAACUGAGUAAGCUCGAAAUCGAGAUGAGAAAGCGCAUCUUCUGGACCAUGAACGCCUUGCAGGUAAACCUCGCUGGGAAACUGGGUAGGCCUAUGCUGACCAGCAACGAUGACAUCGACGUCGAAUUUCCCGAGCCGAUGAACGACUGCUUGCCGGGCGAGGAGGCGAAACUGAGCCCGUUCCACCAAUGUUCGUUCCAAGUGGGCAUACAGAUUGCAAAGUACACCGUCUGGGAAUUGGAUCUUUACAAGACCAUCUACGCCAUACGGUACACACCACGCUCGUAUGUGGAGUCUUUGAAACGACUCGAAGCCGGCAUUCAGCAGUGGAAAGAGGAGCUACCUUAUGAGCUACGAGACUCGUCUCGUGCUCUGCAAGACGACCGCAUUUUCGCACUGUACCUUGAGUACUGGUUUCAGGAGUAUCAGCUCUUGCUCCAUCACCCUGCAGUGUGCAGGUCUGUCGACCCAACAAUACUUUCAUCCAACUUGGACAAAUGCAUGGAGGCAUCGGAGAAGAUGCUGCACAACUGCACCGAGAUGAUGCACAAGAAGAGUCUGGACAUUGUCUGGAUCAAUACUGUGGUAUACAUCGCUGCUAUCUUCACUACCUUGUUCAUCUCGUCCAUGCGGAAAGAGCAUCUCUCGCCUGUCAAUAUGACAAGGCUGAAGGGAGACAUGAGUAUAUGGAUCAACAUACUUGGCGAGUGCAGUCAACUAUCGGGCACAGAAGACAAGAUGAAGAAAGCGAUAUCCAAGAUUGUAGAUCAAGCGUUGGACAACAUAAACGAGAACAUUGUCAAACGGACUGCGACUGAGUCAUUGGCUCGAGUGGCCUUGCACACAAAGCAACAGCCCAAUCCUCCACCCGCCGUAUACGAUGCGAGCGGCUAUAAUGAGCAGCAAUACACUGCGAGUGCCGUUGGUCCGACAGAUCCAACGCUUGCCCAAGGGUCCGGGUAUCCCAACCUUUCGGACGGCGGUAAUAUCGCCAUGCCCUACAGUCUUGGCGCCCAGAUGCCCGUUGGUCAGCACAACCAUGCAUAUGAUCAGCAACCGUACAUCAAAGUCGACGAAGAGAGCAGCAUAAACCCUUCCCAUACCGCGGCUUUGGCUGCUGCAGCAGAUGGCAACACAUCACAAGCCCCGAACAACGCCUACGUAUACACACAAUCCCUCCCACAGGUCACCAACAGCCACCAACCGACAUAUGUUGCGAACAAUUACAGUCCCCAGGACUGGCGGCAGUGGACACAGACUUAUAUGCAACAACAAAUAGGCGCGCCAGGCGAGUACCUCAACACGGCGACCACACUCAUGGCCUUGGGUGGACGGGACGGUGCGACUGGGCACGGGCAAGACGGCCAUGCGCAUGCUGACCAAUCGCAUCUGGGGCAUUUCCACUGGCCUGGCGUAGCGUUCCCCGGAGCGGCGAAUGGGGCUCCACAUCAUUAG